GGCCGCCAGUUCGCUCCGCUCCCGCUGCAAUAAAUCGGCUUAAGGCGGCAGCGCGGCGGGAUCGGCGGCGGGUGCGGGUCGAGGGGCUGGAGGCGGAGGGGGGGGCAGCACGCACGGAGCCCCCCCACCCCACCGUGAUGCCCGCCUGCCCCCCGGGCAGGGGGCUGGGGCGCCGGUGAGCCCCAUGGGGCUGCCCCCCCCGCGGGCAUCAUGCGGACGAUGAGCCCCCUGCCCCUCUGCCUGCUGCUCUGGGACCUCCUCGACCUGGUGCUGGCCUACCUGACGGUCAGCAUCGAGCCGCUGCCUCCCGUGGUGGUGGGAGAUGCCGUCACCCUGAAAUGCAACUUCAAGACAGAUGGGAAGAUGCGGGAGAUCGUCUGGUACCGGGUCACUGAUGGUGGCACCAUCAAGCAGAAGAUCUUCACCUUCGAUGCCAUGUUCUCCACCAAUUUCUCACACAUGGAAAAUUAUCGGAAGAGGGAGGAUCUGGUUUACCAGUCCACCGUGCGCCUCCCCGAGGUUCGCAUUUCGGACAACGGUCCCUAUGAGUGUCAUGUGGGGAUCUAUGACCGAGCCACACGGGAGAAAGUGGUCCUGGCCUCCGGGAACGUAUUCCUCAAUGUGAUGGCUCCUCCGACGUCCAUCUCGGUGCUCGCUGCCGACACGCCGGCGCCCUUCAGCCGCUACCAGGCACAGAACUUCACCCUGGUGUGUGUGGUCUCCGGUGGCAAGCCCGCCCCGCUGGUGUACUUCAAGCGGGACGGGGAGCCCAUCGAGGCCACCCCGCUGCCCGAGCUGCCGGCCGGCGCCGGGAGCUGGGCACCCCGUAACCUCCUUCACCGUGACCUGGAUGACACUAAGGUGCCAAAAUCACUGGCGGCCGAAGGGGAGGCGGGAGGCGGGCGACCCCUGGCCACGGCAGACCCCCCGCGAGGGCUGGCGGCCGAGCGGGGUGCUGCCACCGAAACCAUCCCCGAAACGGUGGUGAGCCGGGAAUUCCCACGAUGGGUGCACGUGGCGGAGCCCAUCUACUAUUUCCGCCACACGCACGCGCCCGUCAGCGACGGGACGGUGGAGGCGCGGGCCACCCUCACCUGGACCCUGAACCCCCAAAUCGACAACGAGGCGCUCUUCAGCUGCGAGGUGAAGCACCCGGCGCUCUCCAUGCCCAUGCAGUCCGAGGUGACGCUCGUUGCUCCCAAAGGCCCGAAGAUCACGAUGACCCCGACGAGAGCCCGUGUCGGAGACACCGUGCGGAUCUUGGUGCAGGGCUUCCAGAACGAAGUCUUCCCUGAGCCUCUCUUCACCUGGACGCGGGUGGGGAGCCGGCUCCUUGACGGCAGCGCCGAACACGACGGCAAGGAGCUGGUGCUGGAGCGUGUGCCGGCCGAGCUGAACGGCUCCAUGUACCGCUGCACUGCCCAGAACCCCCUGGGCUCCACCGACACCCACACGCGGCUCAUCGUUUUCGAAAACCCAAAUAUUCCCAGAGGAACAGAGGACUCCAAUGGUUCACUUACUGGCCACUGCGGCUUCAGACUAGUUUUGGCGCUCACCCUAACAGUGAUCCUGGAGCUAACGUGAAGCUUCGCCUGCCUCUUCCUCCUCCUCCUCUUCUUCCUCCGUAUGGCUCCACCUGGCAUCCACACCUCCGUCAAUCAGUUCUCUCGCUCUCUUCUUUUUUUUUUCUAUACUAUUUACAGUCUCAGUCUCUUUCUGUCUGUGUCUUGGCUUCCUCAGACAAUUUAAUUAAAAGGAAAAGGAAAAAUCUCC